AUGGUAAUUGCCUGCGCCGCUCAGGACGAGGGUGUGGGGAGAGAGGUCGAGGUGGAAACUAGGUUCAGGGCAUCGGGAAACUUAAAGGAUAAGAAGAAGAAAAGGAAAGAAGUCGGACCGUUAGGAAAAUCAUCUGUCAAGUCACCAGGUACUGAUGACAGUGAGGAUGAGGUCCCAGAGAGAGAAGACGUUUACCUUGCACCGGUUAUUCCGCUUCGUGAGAAGAUCGAAGUAAAAACUGUUGAGGAGAACGAGGAAAUUUUGUACACACAUCGUGCUAAAUUAUUCAGAUUCGAUGAGAAGACACUCAAGUUGUGCCUGAAUCACCUGGUGCCAGAUGAUAUGGAGCUGACAGCCAAGGACGAUAAAAGCUGCGUGUGGAAUGCUGCUGACUACAGUGAUAAUAAGAUCGAGUAUGUCCAGCUUGCCUGCAGAUUCAAGACGCCAGAUAUUGCUGAGCAAUUUAAAAUUUCUGUGGAGGAAGCCAUUGUCUAUGAUUCUGGAUCAAAGGAGGAGAUCCAGAGGACCUCCAAGUCAUGCAGUGUCGGCUCAGGACAGGAUAUUCAGGUGGUUUAG